AUGUUUUCAGGAGAAUGGUCACUUGAGAUCGCGAUAAUUGAUGUACCAAAAGAAAUAUCAUUUCUUAGAUGCUUUGGUAAUCCUUUGUAUGACGCUACUACCAACUUGAUUAAUUUCGAAGAAUUAAGUUCAACCCAAAAUAAAUCUUUACAGUUAGAUGUUCAUCCUCAAGAAAAUAUCGAUCUCUCAAAAUAUUCCUCCCUAGUAUUUACGAUUAAAUAUGUGACGAAAUUUUACAACAUAUUUAAAGGUGGACGUGCGGUAGUCAUAAAAAAGAAUAUAGAUUUAUUAGAGGAGAAAGAAGGCGAACAAUAUUUUUACGACACUCAGAAUACAUACUGCAUUAAAAGAUCCAAGGAUAACUCGACUGAGCUCAUCUGCUUGAAAAUUGCUCCAGAUAUUUUGUUUGAUGGUUUAGUUAUUGUAGACGGAAAAUACGGCUUGUCUAAG